AUGGCACUAUUCGUACCAUACCACAACCCAGCCGGCCAAUUGACCAUUGUCAAACUUGGCGUCCUUACAACCGAAUUCCUAGAGCCCCCUCCAGGACGAUGCUUUCUCUUCCGCCGAACAUACCGACACACCGUUGAAAGACCCGUUCCAGAAAAGCUGCGCAACCUCAUCAACAGACCUGACAGACCGAAAGGGCCACCGCCGCACUUGCAUCAGUUCCAACCCGACUAUUUCCGCGAAGAAAGUGGAGUCCUUAGAAUCGAAGUGAACAGGGUUAUCCGACGAAUUAUGCCGGGAGACGGCGAAAUCUCCGUCAAGGCAGGCAGUAUUUAUCGUUUUUUCAUUUAUCCCGACUCACUUGAGAGCAUGACCGUUUAUCUUAGCGCGUCAAGUUCGGGAAAUGACUAUCAGCUCGACCUGAUAUUUUCGAGAACUGACUGGAUCCAGUUUCUCGCGAUACAAGAUGAGGGUGACGCCUACACCCCAACCCCAGCAUGGGGUUCCAUUCCGACAUCAAGUUGGCUACAGGACCUGCGUGAUUAUAGGACGGCGGAUCCGGAGCCUGCUGGGGUCAAGCCCUUCUUGAUCUGUGUACUCACGGGCAGCAACAGGCAGCCGAAUUCGCCUUCUGAAUCAUGA